AUGACUGAGGUGAAAUUCUUAGGCCAUGUGGUGUCUAAAGAGGAUAUUUCCGUUGACCCAUCUAAAGUGGAAUCUAUUAUAAACUGGGAAAGACCCAGGAAUGUCCCGAAAAUAAGAAGUUUUCUCGGAUUGGCAGGAUAUUAUCGCCGUUUUAUGGAGAAUUUUUCUCGAAUUGCUGCUCCUUUAACACGUUUGACUAAGAAGGGUGUUAAGUUUGAAUGGACCGAUGAAUGUGAAGCUGUAUUCCGGAGCUUGCAACAAAAAUUGACGUUGGAACCUGUACUUAUUAUUCCAAACAAUGAAGAUUGCUAUGUUGUCUAUAGUGACGCUUCCUCUAACGGCCUUGGAUGCGUUCUUAUGCAACAAGGAAGGGUCGUAGCAUAUGGCUUACGCCAACUUAAGCCAUAUGAGACAUGUUAUCCGACUCAUGACUUAGAAAUAGGAGAUGCUACUUGUAUGGUGCAAAAUUUGAAGUCUACUCCGACCACAAAAGUUUAA